AUGUUUACGACCCCCCAUCCUGAGGGUUACCCACAGUUCGGUGACACAGGGGUUAAUUUAACUAAACAUUCCAACCUAGGAGUUGCAAAAGACACAAGGAUGGCCAGGAAUAAAGAAGCAGCCACCAGCUCAAGAUGGCAAAGUAGAAAUGCCAGAGGGCAGAAGCCGUGCCAGUCCGCCGAGAGCCUGUGUGGUCUGAUAGAGGGCACUGCCCCUCUUCUGCUAUGCCCACAUCACCCCGGGCAGAUCACGGCCGCACUGCUCUUACUCAGCAUGACUGUCCCCAAUGCAGACCCCUUUUAUGAGAUUCUUUUACAGAGGCAGGAGAGUUUUAUGGGCAACCGUGUCUCCAGACCCCUCAUCUUAAUGACUGUGCCAUCUGGCUGCCAGAACUUCUAUCUACCACAUAAUUAUUUACAAAGACCCGACCGGUGUGGCAAACAGACCAAAAACACAAUGGCAGAUGCUAGAUUCAAGACAGAGUUCCUGCAGACCCACAACGAGUUGCGGGCCAAGCACGGCAUGCUGGCCCUGACCAUGAGUGAUGCCCUGUGCAAUUCCGCUCAGGCCUGGGCCGACCACCUGGAGAGCAUCAACAAGAACAGCAGCAUGAUGACCCUCCAGCCAGGUUUUCAGCCCUGCCUCCAGCACAGCGACACCAAGAACGGAGAGAACCUCUACUUCUCCUCGAGCUCCGCACCCAUCAAACUAACCGGAAAAGAGGCAGUUGAGAACUGGUACAGUGAGAUCAAGGAUUACGAUUUUAGCAAUCCUGGUUUUGGAUCCAACACAGGCCACUUCACCCAAGUUGUGUGGAAGUCUUCAACUGAAGUUGGUGUGGGUAUUGCCAUGGUUGGAAAUGCUGUCUUUGUUGUAGGCCAGUACAGUCCUGCAGGAAACAUAAGCAACGAGGGCUAUUUUGAGAAGAAUGUCCUGCCUGCAGCAUAAACAUACAGGACCCACUCAUUCCUCCAUCGUGCUCCAAGCCAUAGCGAUCAUGUCAAUGCAUUGAAAAAUCAAUCAAUCCGUCAAUAAAUCAGUCAAUCAAUUCAAUGUCAAUUCAAUCUUUUUAUCAGACUCACGAGUGCAUAGCAUAGAAAAAGUUAAAUAGUUCAAGAUCAAUCAAUCAAUCAAUCAAUCAAUCAAUGAUGUCAGCGUUUUCUAAGCCUUGAUGAGUGCUGCAAACAGCUUUUUCUAGGGCUGACACACCCCUCUAGUCUUUGUCUUAUUAUGUGAGUAUGUUAAAUGCAAAUUGGUAUUCUACACAGAGAAUAACUACUCAAGUACAAAAUAUAAUCAUACAACUGAAGUAUUGUCCUAGA